AUGGGCGACAACAACAACAACAACAGCACUUCCCACGGCACCGGUGGCAACCGAAGUCUCGUCAUCGCUCUGAGCACUGUGCUCUCUCUGCUCGGGGUUGUCAUGAUCAUCGGGGCAAUUUACCUCUGUUAUCGGUAUCGCCGCGGCCGCCUUCCGUUCAGCCGCCGGGGUAACACUCCCAUCGACGACGAGGAAAUUGAGUCCUGGAAGGCUUGCCGGACGAUCGAGAAGUGUACCACCAUCGUUGUCGACGAGCAAGAUCAGCAUGGCUCGGCUGGAUCCGUCCAGAAGCCGUCCAGCACGAUCGUCUACCAGGACAACAGCCAGCCCCAUCCUCGCAUGUCGACUGAAACGACUCAACGCUCCCUCUAUCACAAGCGGAGCAUGGACAAGAAGAGCAUUGAUAUUCCUCAGCCUUCUGUCCUGGCAAGAGCACCCAACGCCCGUGUUGGUCUCACCGAUGACGCCAUCGAAGGUGACCGUGCCUUCAUCCCAUCUCCAAAGCGCAGAAACUCGAGGUUAUCCAAGCUUCCACCGUUGUCCCCCCGCCAUGGUAGGCAUCGCAGCUCCCGCAGUAGCGUCAGCAUUGGUAGUCUACGGGAUCACUGGUACGGUUACCACGUUGAUAUGGAGCUUUCACCGCGUGCAUCCGCCGAUCCUUAUACCCGCAUGCCUUCUUCCGCACACUCGGAUGGCAGGCACCGACGUGUUUACUCCUCUUCUGCGAAUCCUCCCAGGUUAUCACUAGGCGAGGAACCCCAAUUGGGCGGCCUUUCUCCGCGCCCGUUAUUUCGGCAAGCAGAAAUUGGCCUCGCCGUAGGUUGA